UCCUCCUCCUCUCUCUCACAGCACCUCUCAUCCCACUCUGCGUCUCUGACUUCGCUGGACACCGGUAUUCCCAAGGACGCGGUUGCGGCUCUGCAGAGAGCUCUGGGAGGGGAGAACGGGCCGAUGGCUAGAAGCUGCUUCUACUCUCCGAGGGUUUGUCAGGCCGUCGCGAGUGGGCCCCCCUGAUUCCGCAGUAUUUGACCAGCUCUUUAAAGACCUAUUUGAGACGCCGGAGCUUAGUCCCUCGGGUGCUGUUUUACGAGAGGAGGCAGGCAUGCAGGAAGAAACGCGGUUGAGGGAGGAAGUGCUGCUAGACUUGACUCGUUAUAAGUACGCUCCGUUAAGAGCGCUCGCGUUCGCCCUCAUCGACCGCUACAUGAUGGAAAAGGCCUCUCUCCUGCGGAAAAUGCUCUCAACCCACAUCGUGGUGGACCCAGACGUGCUGCGGCUGUACAAGCAAGUAGCUCACGAUGUGAACAUGCUGAGGUCGCUGCACGGGUGGCUGGGGAGCGACAACGAGCUGCUGAGGGGGGAGGUGCGGCGGCGGUGCUGCGAGGUGCUUUGGAAGUUCCGAGACAUGUGCACGCUGAGCCAGGGGCAGAACGAGGCCCAGGUGGUCAAGCAUCAGACGAUUCUCAAGACCCUUGGCGCGCACUGCUGCGCCCGUGACAUGCUACGUCUGCCCUUCCGACGCGUUCCGUCUCAAGUGAGGGGCGAGAUGGACUGUAUCGAGGAUGAGGGGCUGCAAGCGCUGCUGCAAGCUGCCUAUGAGUUCCUCACCAUGUUCUGUGGGGGAGUGGUGAACGAGGAGAUCCAGCUCACGCUCUUUCCGUUCAUUCCCCUCAUGCUGCCGCACCGAGGGCUUCAGGGCGUGCAGGUGACUGAGUGCCUGUGCGCCAUACUCAAAGACAACUAUGAGCUCUGCGCCCAGGUUGGCCUGGACCUCAUCUGGUCAUGCUUCCGCCUCAUUCUCAAGUUCAACCGCCGCCACUCCUGGCUCAGGUUCUUAGAGACGGUGGUGGUGGUGAACGGCAAGCCCAUGGGGCGCAACCAGGCGGCGGUGCUGGACAUGGUGAUCGACCACACGCACUCCAUUGCCGGCCUGCCCAAGACACCUGCGCACUGGCGACGGCGCAGAGAGCUCAUGGCUGCGGGCGAGGCUGCUGCCAAGCCGCAUGAGAGCCAGGUUCGCUUCCAUGCAGCGUACGUGUCGUUGCUUGCCGCUUGCUGCUGGGGCAACAACCCGGCGCAUGCAGUGAAGGUGGGCGGGCUGGUGGGACUUGGAGAGGUGAUGGCCACUCUGCUUUGGCUCAGCUCAGAAACCAGGAUGGGUCUCAGGGCGAGAGAGAGGGAGAGGGAGAGGGCGGGGGAGAGGGAGAAAGGGAGAGUAGGGGAGGGGAAGGAGGUACAGCAGCAGGAAAGGGGGCAGUUUCUGGGGCAGGGGAAGGGCUUGGAGCAGAGGCAGGGGCAGGGCCGGGAACUGGUGCAGCAGACAGUGGAUGAGACACAGGGGCAGGCAGGCGCUGGCAGGGAAGGUAGAGGAGCUGCUGCAGCAGCAGGGGUAGAAUCAGCAGCAGCAGCAGCAGCAGCAGCAGAAGCAGCAGCACAAGGAAUAUCGUCAGGAUCACAGCCAACACCAGAGUCAGCAGAAGAGCCAAUGGCAGGAACAGCUGCAACUACAACAACAUCUGCAGCAACAUCAACAGGGACCACAUCAGCUACAGCUACAGCAGCAGCAUUAACAGCGGCAGCAGCAGCAGCAGCAUCUGUGCCCGAGCCUGUGCAGUCAGUCCUGGACAUGGCGACGAUCCGCCUAGUGAAGGCGGCAUAUGUGCGCCUGCUGCACCAGGUGUAUGUCACCGGCCAUAGCGACCGAGCCACCGCUGAAAUCCGCGACCCCACCAAUGGCAUCUGGCCGCAGGAGCUGCCACGGAGAGAAGGGGGAGGAGCAGGAGGGGCAGGGGGAGGAGCAGGAGGGGUAGGGGGAGGAGCAGGAGGAGGGGUUGAGGAGGUGGGAGGUGGAGGUGGAGUGGGAGUGGAGUCGGGAGGUGUGGGAUCUAGUGGAAGGGGUAGUGCUGGGUCUGCUGGUCAUGGCUCUGGUGCUGCUGCUAACAUUGCUGCUGCUGGUGUUGCUCCCGCUGGUUUUGUCAGUCACAUAUCUGCUCUUGGUAGUGGUGGUAUUGCUGCUACUGCUGCGGCUGCUGCUGCUGCUACUGCUGGUGCUGCUGCUCCUCCUCCUGGUGCCUCUGCUGCCUCCAACACAAGUGUCGAUGGACCAAGAAGAGCCAGUCGAGACAGCAAAGAGAACCGAUUCCGUCCGAUAUCCAUGGGAUCAACCGCCGCACUCACAGCAGCAGUUGCAGGUCUCCUUCCCCACAACCCCUCUUCUGCCGAAGCCCGCCUGUGCCUAAUCGAGGAUCUAAUCUCGGAGCUCCAGCUGGCAGCAUCUGAAGAGUUUGACCACGCGCCGCCCGAGGGAUCCGCGCAGCAUUUCGUGGCAACUGCAGCGCUGCCCAUGCUGACGUCAUACUUCAAGCGCCACUUCAUCGCCCGAAGAGCCAACCUCCCGGACUCCCACAGAGUGCUGCUGGACCAAUUGGCAGAUGCCAUCUGGCAUCUCUGUGGCAAGCUGCCUCCCUCGCAGCGCGACGCUCCUCUGAGAUGCAUUGAGGAGAUGAAAGCGGCAGGUGCCGUCUCCAGAUUCGACUACGGCCCGUCCUCUCUGCCUUAUUUUGUCGACCGGGCAGCUGUGAGCCGUGCCCGGGGCACCGAGCUCCAGCGCAAGGGGCAGAUUUUCAAAGCGAAUUGGGUGAACUUUUGCCGCUUGUUUUCACAGAAGCUAGAUAUUUCCGACCUGCAGACCAUGGAGGGGUCAGGAGCGCGACACCUGGCGCUCAUGCUGACUCAGCGCCGGCCGGUUGACGUGUCGUACUCCCCACCGUUCCACUACUACAACGUAGUGCCUCAGCUGACAAGCCUGCUGUCCAGCCCUAAGGUCCCGCCGCAGUUGACUCCGGACCUGAUGGUUCGGCUGCUUCGGGUGUGCCGAGCCAUGAUAUACCUGACAGACGACUGGGAUGGCAAGCCAGUAAUGAAGCAGGAGACUACGAGGGCAGGGGUAGGUGGAGGUGGAGGGACAGGUGUAGGUGGUGAGAAUGGUGGUGGUGAUGAUGGUGGCGACAGCGGUGGCAAAGUUGAUGGCACAAGCACUCAAAGCAGCAGCGGAGCAGUAAGCAGCAGCGGGGGGAACAACAGUGCCGCCUCUGCUGCGACCAGCGCUGCCGCUGCUGCUGGCGGGGUUGCCAGCAGUGGUGGCGGUGGCAGUGGGAUUGGGGGAGGAGGAGGAGGGAUGAAGGGCCAGCCGGAGAGACUCCGAACGAUGGGCAAGUGGGACAUGUUCGAGGCAUCCGUCCCGGUCCGAUACUCGAAAGCAUCCCUCGAAGCCCUGACUCGAGUCCAGUGCGGGUACACAGAAAUGGGCCUGGCUGCGUGUGCUGUGAAGCUAGUCAGCCACCCGAGCCAGUGGGUCCAAGCAGAGGCUGUGAAGCUCGCAAUAGCCCUCACAGAUGAAGGGAACGGGCGUGUGCAGGCCACUAUGUACUCGGUGCUGGUUCACGAGCCGGAGUUUUUCCAGACGGUUAAGAAGGUGCUUGCUGCGGCGUCGUCGACGGUUAAGUUUGUGAGGAAGGGGUUGGAUAAGGCAGAGGUGAAGGCGAGGAGGGAGGAGAUGGAGAGGCGGCAACUGCGGGUGGGGGGGAGGGGGGCGAGAGGGAGGGGGGGGAGAAGGGGGGGGGAGGUGGAGGGAGGGGUGAGGGGGAUGUGGCUGAUGGGGGAGGGAGAGGGGGAGGAAAAGGGGGGGGGAGAGGGGGCGGAGGAGGAGCAGGAGGGGGGAGAGGGAGAGUUGGAGGAGAGGUUGAUAGAGAGAGUGCAGGUGCUGCUGGUUGGGAACGGAGAGAUGGUGCUGGAAAGGCAAGCAGAGAGGGUUGUGGAUAUGGGUCAUGCGUUGACACCUGCUGCAGCAGGCAAUGCGCAUGGCUCUGCUCCCACGCACCCUGAGGCGCUUUCAAAGGCGGACCGCAGUGCUGUGGGUGGCAGCAGUGCAGCAGAGGAGAGGAGCAGAGGGGGAGCGAGGGAAGCAGAGCUAAGCAGAGAAGCUGCAGUGGGAGAUAAAGACAGAGCAGAGGGCAAGGGGGGGGCGAGCAGAGUAGCAACGAGGGCCCUGUUUCUAAACGCGGUGAGAAUAAUGAAGGAACGGUCGGCUUCCCAGGAUGUGGCGCCGCACCGAGAGGGAAACAUGGCACGAGGUGGGGGGGGAACGAGUGGGGAUGGACUGAAUAGAACGCUGCUGGGUCGGAGGGGUAACAGCAGCGGCACCAGCAACAGCAGUAGCAGUAGCAGCGGCAGCAGCGAGGGCGGGGAGAGUGGCUCGGAAAUGGACAUUGAGAUGGAAGCAGGGCCGUCUGACUCCCCUCGUCCUGCCCUUGCCGGUUCUCCUUCUGCUCUUGCAGGUUCUCCUUUGGCUAAAGACGCUGCUGCAGAGCCUAGAAUAACAGAUGCUGUAACAAGUGUGGGUGUGGAUACAGACACAAGUGGCCCAGAGGUGGCUGGGGAUGCAGGGAUGGAUAUGGCUGGUAACGUGGGGGGAUUGGAAGAGAGUGGGAGUAGACCUUGUACCUCCCCUGGUGCCUCCUCUGCUCCUCGUUACAGUCACAACAAUGCACCUAUCAGCACACAGCAGGAAUUCCCAUCAUCAUCUUCAACAUCACCACCACCAUCAUUGGGAAAGGCAAAGGUUCCUCCUGCUGCUGUAUCUGGUGGUGGUGUACCAAGACCUUCGCUGUCUUCUUCCACUAUUGCUCUGACCAGCGCCGCUAGCACCAGUGUCACUAGCACUGGCUCCAGGUUGCUUGAGGCUACUGGAGUGGAGAGCAGAAAUGACAGCACCAGUUGCGGCGGGGCCCUUGGGCUCGAGAAGAGUGGAGCCUGUGAGAGGAGUGGGGCCCGCUUGGUUGGUGAGAGGAGUGUAUUUGGGAGGAUGAGAAUUGACACUGGGUGUAGAGACAUGGGGGAUGCGGAAGAAAUGCCAACACCUGUGGCGGCUGCACUUGCAACAAGUGACUCAUGCUGUUUGGAGUCCCCAGCAGCCACUCCGAGUACUGCAAGGGAGGGGGCAGGAGGGGCAGGGACGGGGGGGGCAGGAGGAGGAGGAGGGGGGGGGGGAGCAGGAGGAGGAGGCGGAGGAGGAGGAGGUGGAGAAGAGGAGGAUUACCGACUGUGGGAUGUGGAGGAGAAUGAGGAUGGGAUGAAAGCCACAACGAGAGACACCACGCUGCACAAGAAGGCGUGGGUGAUUCUGUCCGGGCACGUCACCAACCUCCUGCGUAUGCUGCAGCUCAUGUGCGAGGGCCACAACGCCGAGAUGCAGCGCCUGCUGCGCCUGCAAGACUAUCCCGGCCCUCCAAGCCCCGGGAUCGAACGGCCAGGAGCGGACGACGAUGGGACUGCUGCAGCUGGAGCGGGGGUGUUUCUGGAGCAUCUGCAGCCGUCGCUGGAUAAGAAUCUUGGGCAGAAGAACCCUCUUCUGGUCGAGAUCGCCCUCCAGGCGCUCAACACCCUACUGGAAGCCAUCCAGGGUCCGUGCUUUGAGAACCAGCUGGCCCUGGUGCGGUCCAACUUCCUCUCCAUCACCCAGAGGAUGCUCGCCUCGCUCAACUACCGGGAGCAGGACGAGCGAGCGCCGCCCGUGCGCUAUUCGCCCGAUGUGAUUGCGGGUAUACUCAGCUACACGGCUCUGGGGUCCCGCCCAGCAGGGGGGGCUGGAUGUCCCUCGCUAAGCGCAAACGACCUGCGCUGCUGGCUGCGCAACGGGGUGUUCUCAGUCUACCUCUCUCUGCUGGAGGAAAUCGGCACCAACAGCGAGAUCCCCAGCAAGAUGGCAGCGGUAAUAGACUUCACCUCCUUGCUGCACCGCUGCCGCCAGCUGCAGCAGCUGCUGCGGGAGCACAAGGUGAGCUGCCCCGACGCAGGGGCGGACUUUGAGUCGUCUCGGAGCCUGGUGACGUUUCUGCUGCAGAUGCUGCGGGAUGUUGCUGGUGCUGGCGCUGGUGCUGGUGCUGGUGCUGGUGCUGGUGCUGGUGCUGGUGCUGGUGCUGGUGCUGGUGCUGGUGCUGGUGCUGGUGCUGGUGCUGGUGAUGCUAUCGUUUUGAGGCGCCUCAAGCUGCUGCUGGGUGGGAGUAACGGUGGCUGUCAUCCUAGUGCCACUGCUGCUGGUGCGGCUGGUGCUGGUGCAGGGGGUUCACGAGGCGAGGACGAAAGAAGGGAAGCGGGAUCAGUGGAGGAAAAACACCGUGUGACAAACAGUCAAGCUGGAAGGGAAGAGGAUGGGGGUGUGCGAGGGGGGGAAGGUGUGAGGGUGGGCGUUGGGGCAGGUGUGGGUACGAGGGUUGGGCGAGGGAAGAACUUGGCGAGGGUAGGAGAGGGGAUGGUGGAGGAUGAGGCAGGACCAGCAGCAGCAGCAGCAGCAGCAGCAGCAGCGUUAGCAGGGGUAGAAGGAGCACAGGUAGCGGCAGGUGCAGACAUUAGGGGAAGAAGAGGUGGGGGCAUUCUGCGAGCCUUGUCCUUACCUUCUGGUGGUGGCAGCCCGCUGAGGCGUGCAGCUGCAGCUGCAGCUGAGAAAGAUGACAAGGCAGAGGGUGGAGGAAGGAAAGGGAGUGAGCAGGUCACAAGGGCAGGGGCAGGGGCAGGGGCAGGAAUAGGAUCUCCUAUGUCAGGUGCAUUGGCUGGGCCACUCCUCCCACGGGCGUCCAGCUGGCGGUCCAGCCUGGCAGCUCUGGCGCGGCAAGGCUCAGGUAGGAUCUCAGGUGUUUUCAACACUGAUGGAGGAGCAGGAGGGACAGGAGGGGACAAAAGGGGGCGAGAUGUGGGUAUAGGAGGAGGAACAGGAGGAGGGUUAAGGCCAAGGAAAGCAGCUCCUCUCACUCCACUCUCCGCCCCAUCUUCCUCACGCAACCAGUCCCAUCCCUCCUCCUCCUCCUCCUCCUCCAUCCCCAAACCCCCUUCUCGCCUCCCUCACGCCAACACCACCACGACCGCUCCCACCAUCUCCCCCCUCUGGCGUCCCCCCCUUUGGAGCACAUUCAACACGGAUUCCCUCCUCUUCCUGCUGCCUGGGGAGGUUCUCAACUCCCUCAUUAUUAUCAUCAAGCUCGACGACUUCGACCGCUGGAUGUACUGUAGCGGAGAGCCCAGCCAGAAAUCCGAUUGGUCCACGUCAGCAGAGGGGUCUUCCGGGAGUGGGGGCGGGGGAGGAGGGGGGGGACGAGGGGGUGGGGGAGAGGGAGGGGGGGGAGCGGGCGGAGGAGGAGGAGCAGGAGGAGGGAUGGUGAGCUUUGCAAGGCUUAUGGGGAGGUCGGGGCCGUUUGCCACGUGUGCGUAUUCCGUGCUGAAGUGCGAUAAGCCCCAGAGGAUAGGCACACUAUGCUUUGAGCACACGCUAUCGGUCGGGGACAAAGACCUGGAAGUUUUUUUCAACCAGCGCUCGUGCGCGAUCGAGGUGGUGCGCGACGGGCAGCUGGAAAAAGUUUACUUCCCACUGACCCCGGAGUGCAGGAGGCUGUCUCAGGACCCCCAGUGGACCCAAGCUGCCCUUCAGGAGUUAUACGACGUUCCGAGAGAAAACCCUAUCCAGAAAGUCCAGCAGUUCAUGGCGGCGGCGCGGCUGCUGGUAUACAAGGUGCAGCACUACGAGCGCAUGCGGCUGCGCUAUGCGUGGUCCGGAUGGCUUCAGGCGCGCAUGACCCACCUCAAGCGCGCACCCUUCUACCUCUCCAUCGUUAUAGUCACCAUCCUCGUGUUUAGUAACACCCAGCUCAGCACGGCCCCUGGUGGUAGCCACCAGCAAGGGUUACAGCAAACGAGUGAUGUAGCCAACGCUGCUGCCACUGCUGCCACUGCGGCUGCUGCUGCUGUCAGGGCAUGUUCUGCCGAAGGGAUCCUGGGUUUGAUGAUACCCAAUGGCACUAUAACAGGACCCAGCAACAGCAGCUGCAGCAGCAGCACCACAGGCACCUUCCCAGCAGCAACAGGGGGGGGGGGAGGUCACGCGCUCUCCCUUUCCCUGUGGCAGAGGCACGGGCACGUGCUGUGUCUGGUGUUGGUGCGCCUCAUAGGGCUGCUGCAGGUGGCAGCAGGCGCGCUCACGCUAGUCGCGUUUGUGCUCAUAGAAUCGCCACUGCUCGUGCUGCAUGAGCGACGGGCCAAGGAGCAGGAAAUCUCAGGGGCGCUCUCCUCUCUAGCUGAGCGGAGUCACACGGAGGCCAUGGGGCAGGGCGAGGGGGAGGGGGAAGAGGGGGUGGGGGGUGCUGAGAUGUGGGAGGAGCUGGAGGGGGUGCCCAAGCGCCUGCUGCUGCAGAAUCGGGACUUCUGGUACAUCAUAGCCAUGCUCGUUGCCAGCAUUCUCGGCAUCGUCUCGUCGCCCUUCUUCUUCGUCUUCCACCUGCUGGACUUCCUCAUCUACCACCCCUCAGGGGCCAUCGUGCUUCAGUCCGCCUACGUGGGCGGCCCUCUGCUCAUCCGCACGGGCCUCGUGGGCAUCCUCGUGAUCUUCAUGUAUGCUGUUGUCUCCUUCCUCGCCUUCGGCGGCGACGACGACUUCGCGUGUACUACUCUAUACGGGUGCAUCGGGUCCCACCUGGUGAACGCGCUCUCGAGCUCGUCGAUCGGGGGACUUUGGAAGGAAUGGGAUGCGGUGCCGGACUCGAUGUUUGAGGAGGUGCGCGGGCAGCUGCGCACGGCGUUCAUCGUCUCGUUCCUCAUCAUCUGGGUGUUCCUCCUGCAGAACAUCUUCACCGGGCAGAUCGUCGACGCAUUCACGUCCAUUCGUGAUGAAAAGGCUGCCAAGGAGAAGGACCUAGACGACAAGUGCUUCGUGUGCAGCAUCGACCGCUUCGCAUUCGAGCAGCGGCUGGGCGGCUUUGUGGACCACGUGAAGCACGAGCACAACGCGCUGCACUACCUCUUCUACAUGGACUACCUCCUCAAGCGCAACCCCACCGAGUACACCGGCCUUGAGUCCUUCGUGCGCGGCCGCCUGGACGCGCGCAACGACGACUGGAUCCCCAUCGGCCGCGCGAUGCACAUCGACCGGCUGAAGCAAUUCCGCGCGAAGCAGCGCGGCGCGAGCGAGGGCAUGGACCGCGUGCGGCACGUGCUGGACCGCAUGGAGGCGAGGAUGACUGCUCUGGAAACCGGCAUGGAGACCAUGCGGCUGGAGAUGAGCCGCUCGUCGUCGUCUACUGCGCGGUCGUCGAGAUCCGGGUCCGGCGUGGGGCUUGCGAGUUCAAGUGUCGGUGGUGGGGUUGGUGGGGGGGGAGGGGGAGCCGGGGGGAGGCGGUCUCAGGUGAUUCUGGCGCGGUCUUUGACUGGGGGAGGGACUGCUGGUUGGAGGAGUCGCAGCAAUAAUAGCAGCGGAGGGCCGGGAGCUAGCCGGUCGUCGAGCUUUGGGAGGAGGGGUGUGAUGGCGUCUAUGUCGCUCAAUCCGAAUGGGCAGCUAGAGGGAGAAGGCGAGGAGGAGAUGAGUGGGAGUGGAGGUGGGAUGUUUGAGCUGCGCAAUAUUAAUUCAGACAUCCCUCUGUCUCGAUCAUCAACAUUUAGGCCUGGCAUGCACGGUGGCUGGGCGUCCCCUUCAGUGGGCUAGAUCUGACCAACUGAUUCGAAUGCCCCUAUAAGUGAGAAGUAGUGCAGUUUUUAUCAUUGAGAGCUGUAUAGAUUUGCUGUUCUGCUGUUGCCUUGUAUUCUGUGAUUGGUGUUCUUUUACCUAGCGAAGAGUGGAUUACCACCGUUCCCCGUGGGUCUGGUCUGGUCUUCUUACACAUCUUCCUUUGAGUCCCACGGUCUCACCCCAUCCUCAACGUGUUGGUAUGUAGAUAGCUUCAUUCCUAAGCCUUCACCCCCACUCCACACCUCAAUCCUCAUUUCGA